UGAAAGUUUAGACACCGAAAAGCAAUUGGCGGCUGUUAUGAUACACCGUAUUCGCCUCCUACUGCGUCAUUACACUAAUAUCUGUUGAUUGUGAGAGUACGCGUUUAUCGUAGCAUAUUGUUGUUGAGUGAUUGAAUUUUACUGUUGAAAAAAAUGUCGAGCUUGGAAGAGUGUAAACUCAAGGCUGGCCACCCGCCAGCAGUAAAGGCUGGAGGAAUGAGAAUAACCCAGCACAAGGUACCGAAGGAGGACCGUGAGACGAAGCCGAGCAAGGACAGUGAGGACAACAAGCCAUUGGGCAGUCCUCCAAAAACCGUAAUGAUCAGUGGAGCGCCUUCCAGGGGUAACGCUGAUUUUCCCCCAGAGGCUGUGCAGCAUUUCCACGAAAAACCAGUUCCAACUCAUGACGAUCGUCCUAUGCAUACUUCCAGGCCCAUCCACAUCCAACAGCCGAGAAAGUAGAGUUUUAUAUACACACGAUUGUCCAAGAUGUUAUCGAUUUGAUAUAGGCUUUCUUUUCUUUUUAUAUAAAAAUGAAUUCAAUAAUAAAUCUUGAGAGUAUUUAAUAAAGGAUAGGGCAUCGACAAAUUCAUGGCGGAAAUGGUCGAUAUAAUGUUAAUGAUUCAGUAGACUGAAUCAUCCAACUCACGUUAUCAUUGUGUACUUGAGGUAAGAAGAGUAUGUGAAAUUUGUUCUUCAAGUGUCAUUCUGAUAUUCUGAUAUAUUAUUUUAUGGCAGUAUCAUACGUACUUUCACUUCUCGUUGAAAACUUCCAAUUUUUAUUUCGUUUCCUGAUAUCGUUCAGGACCAUGAAGCAUUUUUUUCUGUUUAUUAUUCCAUUAAAAACAGAGAUAACUUGAUUGCAGGUAGAAACAGUGACUUUCAAUGUUGGAAAGUGAAAGAGGUUUAUUUUGGUAAUGGGAUUAUUCUAUGAAAUAUUGUGAGAGAAAUAUUAAUAAAUAUGUAUAAACAAAA